CAUUGCGGACAUCCCAUAAUACUAUUGAGCAUAAGCCGUAGGCCUGGAGAUAGUGUUGCUGUCAAGGUAACGCGUUCAAGUGUAUUACAUUGACCUCUUCAGUUGUGAAAGACUGUGAAGUCCAAAAGGGAAGUUGCGCGGGUUUUCCUGUGAUUUGAAUUGAAGGCAUGGAAGAUGAGCCGCCCUCCAGAAAGGCGGAGGAGGGUAGUUCAUCUAAGAGGUCACAGAGGCAGCAGGAGCGGCAGGGGAAACUUCCAAGGAGACGCAAAGAAGUGAAGAGGUCUCUUCGGAGGCCAGACUGUCCAGAACACCUGUCGGGGGGAAGCGUACAUUGGUUGCCUGAGCAUCCCGGAUCAGAAGCUUCUGCAUCCGUGGAGGACACUGCGGAGAGUUGCCCAAAAAGAUGGGAUAGAUGCAGACGAGGGCACUUUCUACAUGGACCAUAUCCUGCUACUCACUUUGGACCCAAAGCUUGUGUUCUUCCCAACCCAACCUCAGUCAUGCACAUUCAGGAUCCAGCCAGCCAGCGGCUUACCUGGAGCAAACCACCGCUCAAUGUCCUGGUCAUCAGAAAGAUCCGAGAUGAGACCCUUCUGGAGCCGUUCAAAGAGCUUUGCAGGUUCCUCGUGGAGGAGAAACAUCUGAUGGUUUAUGUGGAGAAGAAAGUUGUGGACGAUGGCUCUCUCAUGAGGGAUGACUCAUUUUCAGCCAUUCGCAACCAGCUGUGCACAUUCAGGGAAGGGUUUGAUGACAUCUCGGACUGCAUCGAUCUGAUUAUUUGUUUGGGUGGAGAUGGGACUCUUCUGUAUGCAUCAUCUCUUUUCCAGGGCAGCGUUCCCCCGGUCAUGGCCUUCCAUCUGGGCUCCUUAGGAUUUCUCACACCAUUCAAGUUUGAGUCUUUUAGAACAGAGGUGGAUAAAGUGUUUGAAGGUAAUGCUGCCAUCAUCCUGCGCAGUCGUCUAAAGGUUAAGGUGGUGAAAGGCACGUUCCAGAAGAACGAGCAGCUUCUCAGUGCUCAGGAGAACGGAAUAUUGCCUCAUAACCACAUAAACAAUGAGGCAGGCAAAAUCACACUACAGUUACAGGUGCUAAAUGAGGUGGUGGUGGACAGAGGGCCUUCAUCCUACCUGUCUAACGUCGACCUUUACUUGGAUGGACGCCUCAUCACAUCUGUACAGGGAGAUGGUGUAAUAGUUUCCACCCCCACGGGCAGCACAGCCUAUGCUGCCGCAGCGGGAGCUUCCAUGAUCCACCCUAAUGUCCCUGCCAUCAUGGUCACCCCCAUCUGCCCUCACUCCCUCUCUUUUAGACCCAUCGUGGUGCCCGCAGGAGUGGAGCUCAUGAUAACGCUGUCACCUGAUGCUCGCAACACAGCCUGGGUCUCGUUUGAUGGCAGAAAGAGGCAGGAAAUCCAGCAUGGGGACAGCAUUAAGAUCACAACCUCUUGCUUUCCGGUCCCUUCCAUCUGUUGUCAUGAUCUGGUGUACGACUGGUUUGACAGUCUGGCUCAAUGUCUCCACUGGAACGUCCGCAAGAAGCAAACGCGUCUAACGGAUGCCAGCGACUCUUCAGAAACGGAGAACUGAAACAUCACCACAAAACUCUCUGUUGACUUUACAUUCCAUCCUGACUCACUGAAAAGGGGGUUAGAGUUCAAAAUUCCUUUUUCUACAUUGCACAUUUCUAUGUUCUUAGAUUUACAGAUUUCAUUAUAAAUCGCAAUAAGUGCUCGUGUGCUACCUGAGAAAUAACACAUUUAUUGUUAGAGGUUAGCCUGGAUUACUUGCAAUUUAACGGCAACAAAACGUUUGCUUAACAUACAAUGUCAUAGUGCGACUGCUAAACAUCGUUAUGCAGACAGUAUUUCUUAGAGAAUUGUUUUUGCAGCUGACCGCUUCACAACAUGCUAAAUAACUGAUCUGACUACUUGUAGUAUAUAUAUUUUUUUAUUACAAUACCAUUUAAGAAUUAUUUAAAAAUCCAACAUUUAAAUUUGUACUGUAGGUUAUGUAGAUUCAUUCACUUCUAAAUGGUUUAGGUAACAGAAAUUACAAGUUAUCCACCAGAUAUUUGAACUUGAAAUGCACAUUAUAGCAGGAAAUGUGUUACAAGUCAUUUACUAAGCAUAAAAUGUUCAUUUUGAGGUUUUUGUGUUUAACUCUGUAGCUGUUAGCUAAAUUGACCACAAACUAUCCUCACCUACAAACAGACAAAGCUUGGUUUUCUGUGUGAUUCCUUAUUUGUAAUAAACUGUAUGAGAAGCCAUGCUUUGUCAGUUUAACAUGUUGGCGAUCAGUUUUGUUUGCUCUACUAGACACCAUUGUACAUUCAACUACUAAGAUUGAAUGCGGUUUAUCAGUCUUUUUCCUGUAGCUCAAGCUUUUGUUUGAUUUUCAUUCUAAUUGAUUAACCUGUGCAGAGCCUUUCUGAAUAUGAAUCACAUAACUAAUGUUUUGGUUAUUUGGUUAGGUGGCUGUCAAACCCAAGUAGUUCUUGUCAAAGUAUAUUGUAGCCUCCCUGUGGCGGCACAGGAUGUUGCAUUUUCAAAUCCUUAUUUCUAAAGCCAUUAUCUGUUUAGUUUAAUAUUUAAUAGACAUUAAGCUGUGAUAUUUUUAUUUACAGAUGCAUUGUAUGUUUUGCAUUUCUCAUGAAAUAUUUCUGGCAGUGCAAGGUCAUAUCAUGUCAUUGCAUAAGAACUUAGUAUAGCUGAAUGUAUGUUAGCUGUUUGAUGUAAAUAAGAGAUCCUAUGAUGUGUGUUUGUCUCAUUUGUAAUAUUUCAAUAAAAGUUUCUUAUCUUGGA